AUGAUUAAAAACUAUGUAAAGCGAGCCCUCCUUUAGAGGUAUUUACCAACAACAGGUUGUUUUUAUGAGUUUUCAGAGUCUUAAGAUACAGAAAAAAAGAAGACUAGGUUAAAAUAUACUUAUGAAGAAUAAUAAGAAAUCAAUAGAUAAAAAUAAAGUAAUAUUCUCAUUCAUAUUAAGGCAAUUUUUUAUUAAAAAGGAUUCUAUUAAGCUAUUAUAGAUAUAAACCUAAUAAAGAAGAGAUGAUCAAGAAAAUAAACUAAUAUUUCAACCCAAAAAAGUAAAAAGCUGAAGAAGCAAUCACUGAGACACAAGAAGGUGAAGAAGGCUAAGAAGGUCAAAAACCAAUAAAAAGAGUUUCUCGUAUUAGUAGGACUAGUAAAUAGAGAAUCUUUAGAGACUUAGUACAUGAAAAGAAGAUCUUCAAAUAUAAAAGAGAUUAUAUAUUUUCUAACAAAAUAAGACCAUAUAAGCCNUUAAUAAAUUAUGUAAGCUGCAAAAUCAUAAAUUAAUUUAUUUGAAUCAGAAGGUGGAAAAGAUUAUAUGAUCACUAAUGAUAAUAGUCUUAUUGAGAAAUUUGAUGGGAAGGAAACUCAAACUAAAGAUGAAAAAGACGAUAAAUAUAUCAGUGCUGAUGAAACCCAUACAGAUAGUGAAGAUAUUGAUUUAGAAAAUCUAUAGAAAAAGAAAGAAACUAAAGAUAUUUAUGGUGGCAGAACUACAAAAUCAUAUGAAUUUGAUACAGAAAGAAUUAAGGAUAAAGAUUAAGAAUUUUCAAAAUUAGUUGAAGAAUUAUUUGCUAAGGCUGAAGCAAAAGCUAAGGAAGCCAACCUUGAAUUUGAAUCUAAUUAUAGAAAAAACCCUCAUUUAAAAGUAUUUUAUAGUGACAACUUAAAUCCUCCUAAUGUACCUGAUGCUAAAUCAGUUUUUGAAGGAGUAGAUUUGGAAUAAUUAUUCCCCUCUGAAAUUCUCAAUGAUGAAACUAAGACUCCUUAUCUUGAUUUCAAAAAUGUUGAAGAUAUCGAAAAUCAUUAUUAUGAAUUAGUAAUAUCAUUAAAUUUAUAAUUGUUAGAAAGCUAUCUAUAGUCUUAGAAAAUAAGGUGAAUAGAAUAUCCUUGUUAAUCCAGAUGUUUAAAAAUUUAAUACAACUAUCACUGCUCAAACUUACAAAUAAAUUUUAAAUAAUCUUGAGGUGCCACAAGAGUAUUCAAAAUUAAAAUAAGAUACUUAAAAAUUGGUUGAUGCAGUAGGAGAAAUUAAAGUCACUGAUGCUGAUUUCUUAUUGAAGAUUUGGAAUUAUUAUAAUUGAUGAUAAAUAAGAAAUAUGUAUAAAAUAAAGA